UUCCUGUAUGUUAACCUCAUUUGUGUUGGCUCUUCCACAGGAUUGAGGGUUCACAGUCUGCCUACAUCAGCCAGCUUGCCUGUUUCUCUUCCGGCCAAAGUGACUCCACCGCUCACCAUCUGGACUAGCUCUCCACAAAACACCAGUGCGCUCACUGACCCCCAAGCCAGUGACACUCCCAGCUCCUCUGGCCUCCCCAUUGCAGUCUCAGCCCCAACUUCAACACUUCCCAAGAACAAUUCUACUGAGCCCAGGGAAGGUGCGGUCACCAGCACAGCCACAAAAUGGGAAGCUACAACCCAAGACUCCUCCCCUAGUGGGCUCUUCCCAACAAGCAGCAGAGACCACUCAACGCCUGUCUCUGGGAGGCCUGGCUCAGCCACUCCUGAAACACGUGUUCCAACAACAGAGUCACAAACCCCCAUGGAGUCUUCCACAGCUAUUUCCCCACAAACUCCAGGCUCCUCCCCCCAAACUCCAGGCUCCUCUGCACAAACUCUAGGCUCCUCCCCACAAACUCCGGACUCCUCCCCACAAACUCCAGACUCCUCCCCUCCAGCCACAUCAACUUCACCCCCUGAGAUUCCUCCUGCCUCUGUCAUCUUGGAGCACAACUCCACUGUGAGCACCCUGCAGCCCAGUGGCACUCCAACCACACCAGCCUUUCCCACAGAGGAGGGCAGCUCUGCCAGUCCAUCCACUGCACAGCCCACAGCCGAGCCCAUGCCCAAGGAAGGAACGCCCCAAGAAACUGAGUCCGGCAUGGUGAUGUGUGAAUUUGAGACCACCACACCUUUUGUGAUUAUGCGGGAAGUGGAACACGCCUUAAGUUCAGGUAGCAUUGCCGCCAUCACCGUGACCGUCAUUGCCGUGGUGUUGUUGGUGUUUGGAGUGGCCGCCUACCUGAAGAUCAGGCAUUCCUCCUACGGAAGACUUUUGGACGACCAUGACUACGGUUCCUGGGGCAACUACAACAACCCUUUGUAUGAUGACUCUUAACAGAGGACCUGGCCUGGGAUGUGGAGUGAACUGUGCUUUAUUUAUAAGUGCUUAGCCAGUAGAAUUAAUAACGAGCACCUGAUGCACAUCGAACGACAAUCUUAAGCCUUGUUUUGUUGGUAUGGUUGUUUCCAUUUUCCUCUUUCUCCUCUCGCUGCUACAACCCCUUUUGGUUCAAAAAGCAAUCCCAUUAUUUCAAAGUGAGAGGGGGCUGAUUUGGGCCAACAUCCCUCCGGCCAGGAGACCACCCCUCUAUGAUGGAAGCCUCAGCUCCUGCUGCAGGACCACUGAAGGAAGGAUUGAGGAAGAGGGACUGGGUUGCUUCACUGGGCAUUACUUUUAAGGAAGCUUUUUGUGUGUGGUGUUCACUAAACUUCUGCCUUGGAAACAACAUUAAAGGCUAACGAGGGAAAUGGAAGGAAGUCCUGGAGGAUUUCACUUAAGGAAGUAGGAGGUUCCUAGAGUUUCUUUCAUCUCCGUUCUUCCAGUUGGAUCUCACAGGACACCUGCUAAGCUCUGCAGCGGAAUGCCAGCUUCUUAGCUGCCUAAUUAAUAAAAGACGGAAAUGGGAGGUGCCCUGGAGGCUGCCAGCAGGACGAGAGGCUGAGGAGCAAGCUGCUGUCAGGUCUCCACAUGCCUUAUCCCUGCUCUCCCCCUCCAGACUGCCUGUCUCCAUCAAGGCUAUUCUUUCUGUUUAAAGGCAGCUGUGAUUCCAGCCUACACUCUACAGCAGAGCUAUGGAUCCCUAAUGGAAACACUGAGAAGAACUUAGCUCAGGGAGACAAAGAGAGCAUGUGGCGUGAGCGUCCAGAGGAAAGAAGUUGGAGACUGGAGGGGGAGGAGGAUGCUCCUAUGCACUGAGAACCAAGACAGGCCAGUGGAAAUCAGUCCUCGCUAAUAGUCAGAGACAUCCAGUGCUCAGACAAGUCCGUGUGAUCCUUGCUUUGUUCUCACGAAUCAUCUAGUUUCACUGCCUUACUGUUGGAUGGAUCAUGGCUGUAAACUGUUGAGAGACAUCAGACUAUCUGUAAUUAGCGAGAUAUUUCCACAAGAAAGAAACAUCAGGAUUAGUCCAUUUGUUCUUUUCAUACACUUAACCCUACUAAUUCUUCCCUGAAAAUAGUGAGGAUCCACGGGCAUAUUGUCUUAACAUGCUGCACACCAAAUUGUGAGAAACAGCAAUUCAUUUUGUAGGCAACCUUCUCAACCAGGGGUGAUGCUGCCCCCUCCACCCAGACAUGUCUGAAAAUGCCUAGGGAUAUUAUUGAUAAUCAUGACCUAUGGGUAAAGGUAAGAAAUUCUGCUGAGCAGCACAGAGCAACCCACACCAGCAAAGACCCACCUGAUGACAGAUGCCAGCCCCACUGGAAUAGAGCAGCUGUGGCAUAUUGAAGGUCCAUGGCAAUGGAGCAAGAAACUCACAGAUGGCAAAGACUUUUUUAUUUUUAAGCAAUUUUUUUAGCUCCAAAGUGUUGGGUUUAGUUGUUAAUGGGUUCCCUUUGGCAUGCAUGAUUUCCUUUAUUUCUGUAUUUUAUAGCCAGUAUUAUUUCACAGCUAUGGCUGUGUGCUCCCUAUGUCUGAUGUCAGCAACCAACACCGUAGGUCGCGAUUGCAUGUAUUAGAAUGCACACACUGGGUCCAUUUCCAAACAUGCCACUUUGUCCUAUACCGUCAUCAAAUAACUUGAAGUUGGAUUAAUUUUUAUUUCUAAGCUUGGACCUUGCUGCCCUGAUUGUUGGAUUUCUAGAAACUUCAUUCUCAGCUCAACCUGUAGUUCACUGUGACCCAGAAAAGUCCUGAUAGAAAAAUCCACUCUGAGCAUUAUUAAACCCUUCUGGUAUCAGGGGUACCACAAGCAGUGCCACCUUCCACACUCCAUCACCCCACAUUCUGAAAAAAAGUUAUUCCUAAACUCUGUAGUCAUCAAGAAAAUGAGCAAUCUCCAGAAGCAUUUUAUAAUAGGAAUUAUUGAAUCUCUGCAUAUUGAAAACAAAAGUCAAAAAAGUGGACCUUCUCAGAAAAAAAAAAAAAAUAGCCCAAAAGGACCAAGAGUGCCCCUUCUGGCCAUUCUUGCUCUGGGUAAUCAUCUCUCUCCUCCAAACCCAAAGCCUUUUUCAGGGUUUUCCGUUUGACAAGGAAUAGACCUGAACAAACAAACAAAGCAGAACAUUUCAUUUGUUGGUGGUGGGUUUUUUUCUCUUCCUUUGACCUCCAUGACAGCCCUUUGGAGUGGUGUUUAUCUGAGUGUUGCUUUUGCUGUAAGUACUAGGUCAGAAACACCAAGCUCCUCCCAGGAAUCAUUGACCAAAGAAUCUCAACAAUUCCAUUCUACAGAUGUUAUUUAAACACACACACAUAUGCACACAUUUGGGAAUAUGCUGAAAAUUGGCAUCCUUGCCUUAGGGAGUGUCUGUUCAGGUCUACACAAGGGGGAUGGCUCCAGUAGGUGCAAACAUGUCAUUCAUCAAUGGGCCAAGAGAGAAAACUUUUGACCGAAUUUCAGAGUAGAAGGGAGGUCUGCAAAUUGUCUUCUCUUCCUGACAAAAUCACACAUCCUCCUUUCUGAAACAAGAGUGGAGCUUUCCUCCUGACCUCAGCCCAUACAACCUCACAGAUAUAUUCUGAGGACUAGCAAAAUCAUGUCUGCAGUGUUUUCAGUUUCUGGAGAAAAACAUUCUAAGUAUUGCAUAGGUUUACAAGUGAUCCCAGUCUCUUGUUUGCUGCUAUACUGGUGUGUUAUUUUCGCUUAUUCUCUAGGAUGACAGCUGUGUUGAAGCCACAUCAGAUAGGUAUUAGAGCUCUGCAUGACCUAACUCCCAGAGCAGCUGGCUUUGCCUAGGGCCACAUUUAUUUCCAUCUUCAAAUAAAAGGAAGACCCAGGACACGGGUCUCACAUGUUCUUGAUCAGGAGCCAUGAAGUUGAGAUGGCACAGGUUGGACACAUAAGCACCAAAGGCUGCAGACCACUGGUCCUCACCAUCCUGAUGUUUUCUGGGUGCAUUAUGCAAUUGACCAUGGUUUGAUUUCCUCUGUCUGAUGUUCACCUUGCUUGCAAGAGUGCAUGAUUCAAUCCCUCACAUCUGGGAAAUGAAUUUUGCAACUAGACAAGUUGCUAAUUUGCACGUUGAUUCACCUUUUUUGCCUUUAUCUGCCCCCACUUCCUUUUUUGGGCUAAUGAAUGUACCAUUUCAACCUUAAUUUUAAAAGUGCUCAUUAAAAUUGUUGAUAGUGCUAACCAAAAGAUUCAUACCAGAUUUCUUUCUUGGGGUGAGUUAGCCAACAUUGUUUAAAGGUGGAGAGAUGUGCAACUUCUUUGAUAUUUGAUGUUGUAUCUAUAUUUGUUGUAAAACAUAUUGCAUACCAAUGAGAUCAAUUAAAAUUGUUAAAA